AUGGAAUCCGUUAACUUGUUCAGAGGCUAUGGCAAAGUGAGUCCGCACCUUGAAGAUCAAAACCCUCACCAACAGAAAAGUGCCUCAAAACGUCGAAUCCUCAUCCUCAGCAUUUUAUCCAUCCUCCUUUUGACUCUAAUAGUCGGUCUAGCGCUUGCAGCAUUGAUCCAUGAGUCAAAUACCGAGCCAGAUGAAUCCCCAUACCUCUCCUCAGCAAACUCAGCUGAGUCAAUCAAAACAGUCUGUGACAUGACUCUGUAUCCAUCUUCCUGCUUCACCAGCAUAUCCUCUCUUAACAUCUCUACAAAACCCGACCCGGAAGCCAUCUUCAAGCUCUCUCUCCAAGUCUCCAUUAGAGAGCUCAAAAACCUCUCUUCUUUAUUGACUAGUCUCAAUUAUGUUGACUCCCAGGCUGCUAUGAAAGAUUGUAUGAGUCAGUUUGAUGAUUCAUUGAGUAAACUCAACGAUUCUUUGUUGGCAAUGGAGGUUGGACCUGGAGAGAAGAUGCUGACUUUAGAAAAAGUCAACGAGAUCCAGACAUGGAUCAGUGCUGCCAUGACAGAUCAAGAUACUUGCAUAGACGGUUUGGAGGAGAUGGGAUCAAAGUUUCUUGACGAUAUCAAGGCCAAGAUGGAGAGAUCUGAACAUUUCUUGAGUAUUAGCUUGGCUAUCAUUGCUAAGAUGCAAGCCCUUCUUGAAAAAUUUGAUCUCAAAAUGCAUUGA